AUGGGGGCCCGAAGUGCACAAUAUCGUGCUAUGGCGGAGUCGAUCCUAGGAUGUGACAGGCCUGGAGCUACUCGUUGGGGUUCUCAUUAUGAUUAUGUUUCGAACUUGAUAGAUAUGUAUAAUGCAUCUUGUUUAGUGGUUGAGACCUUAAUUAAGGAUGGAGCCACUAACUCUAUAUGCGGCGAAGCUACUGGUACUUUCAAAGCGAUAACAUCUUUUGAGUUCAUAUUUGUCUUGCAUUUGUCGGAAAAAAUUAUGGGAGUUAUUGAUGGCCUUUGCCAAGCAUUACAAAAUAAAUCUAAAGAUAUCUUGAUUGCUAUGAAUUUAAUUCGUAGUACAAAAAAUGUUCUUAAGAAAUUAAUAUUGGAUGGUUGGGAUAUUUUCUUUGAGGAAGUGGAAUCAUUUUGCAAAAAACAUGACAUUGAUAUGUCAGAUAUGAAUGCUCUUUACAAAAUUGGUACAUGUCAUUCUUGUCAACAACGUGAUGAUAUUACAGUUGAACAUCACUACUGGGUUGAUUUAUUCAAUGAUACCAUAGAUUAUCAAUUGGAAGAGUUAAAUACUAGAUUUAGUGAAGGAACAAUAGAUCUUCUUACUCUUAGCUCUGCUUUGGACCCUAGCAAUGAAUUUAAAGCAUUUAAGAUUGAUGAUAUUUGCAAGCUUGCAGAGAAAAUUUAUCCAGGAGAUUUCACUUCUAAAGACUUACGUUUAUUGAGGUAUCAGCUAGAACUUUUUGAGUCUAAAAUGGAGGAUGAGUAUUUGACAGAUUCCCUUAUUGUCUGCAUUGAGAAAGAACUUUCUUUGGAUAUUGAUUCAGAUUCAAUAAUCACAUAUUUUGAGAAACUCAAGGAGCGUAGGAUUCUACUUCACUAG